AGAAGAGGAAGUGGAGGAGGAGAAGUAGAGAAGGGAAGCAAAGCAGAGAAGAGGAAGAGAUGACGCAUUUCCCCCCCUCAAUCUCUACCCCCGAAAUUUCUGAUAUUUAGUUUUAAGUCCCUCCUUUCGCCUCUCUUUCUUAGGGUUGUCGAGCUCGUGGGCUAGUUCUCCAGCUCCUGUGACCCGAGCUAGUUAGGGUUAGGGUUUUUCUCCUUCGAAAUGCGCUGCCCGUCGGCGAUGGAACGCCGCCGGGGGAUCAUCGCUGCAGGUACUCUAGUCUCCGCCCUCCUUUUCCUCGUCGCCGCGGCGGCGGAUGACGCGCGCGCCGCCGAGAGGCAGGCUCUUCUCCAGUUCAAGGCUGCCGUCUUCUCCGACCCCGCCGGAUUCCUCCGCGGAUGGUCCGACGCAGCCCCCGGCUCCGACACUUGCUCCUGGCCCGGCGUCUCCUGCGACGCGGGAUCCAGGGUAGUGGGGCUCAAUAUAUCGGCCAAAGGUGGCGCCUUUUUCCCUUCUUGCGGCCGGUCGGGACCGCUGUGGAAGAGUUGCCCGGAUCUCGCACGGAGGAUGGCCGGAAAGCUGAGCCCCGCACUUGGGAAGUUGGUGGAGUUGAGGGUUCUUUCGCUACCUUUCCAUGGCUUUGAUGGCGAGAUACCCGGUGAGAUCUGGGAGCUGGAGAACUUGGAAGUCCUCGAUCUCGAGGGGAACUCGCUGUCCGGCUACCUUCCCUCCCGCUUCAUGCGCGGCUUGCGUGUGCUCAAUCUGGCCUCCAAUCUGCUCCAAGGUGAGAUUCCACUCUCGCUCUCAAGCUGCACGCAUUUAGAAACCCUAGACCUCUCCGGAAACCUGCUCAACGGCACGAUCCCUGGGUUUCUUGGUGACUUUCCCAAGCUGAGAGAGCUAUCUCUGUCUUUUAACCGGUUCACCGGUGCGAUUCCUGAUGAGCUCGGAGCUGGUUGCCGGAGUCUGGAGCAUCUUGACCUGUCGGCAAAUCUUCUAGUUGGUAGCAUUCCUGGUGGCUUGGGGAAUUGCAGUGAGCUUCGGUCCCUGUUGCUAUUUUCCAAUUUGUUAGAUGACGUUAUUCCUUCAGACCUUGGCCGCUUGAAAAAGCUUCAAGUUUUGGACGUUUCAAGGAACAGCUUGAGUGGCUCCGUACCUGUGGAGCUUGGAGGCUGUGUCGAAUUAUCUAUUCUUGUUCUUUCAAAUCCAUACUAUCCGAUGACCACUUUUGAUAACUCGAGCUAUGCUGAUAUCGAUGAUUUCAACUAUUUUCAAGGUGGAAUUUCUGAGAGCAUUACAACCCUGUUAAAGCUUAGGAUCCUCUGGGCCCCAAGGGCGACGCUGGAAGGUGAGAUUCCCGGCAGUUGGGGUACUUGUGAGAGCUUAGAAAUGGUUAACUUAGGUGAAAAUAUCCUCACCGGGCGGAUCCCGAAAGUGUUUGGGCAGUGCCAGAAUCUUAAAGUUUUUAACUUGAGCUCGAACAAGUUGAGUGGCUGGCUGAGUGAGGAGCUUCCUGUUCCUUGCAUGGAUAUGUUUGAUAUUAGUGGGAAUCAGUUAUCUGGCUCCAUUCCGAAGUUUAUCCCAAAAGCAUGCUCUUCAUCCCAGUUCCUGCUUGAUGAUCUGUUCUCUGCAUACUUUUUGUACUUUUCAUAUGGGAGUCAAGCUGGAAUCUCCUUGCUUACGAAUGAAUUCGAUGGUGAAAUUACAGUUUAUCAUAAUUUUGGCGGGAACAAUUUUACCGGUAAUCUGGCAUCUCUACCACUUCAAGCCGACAAGUUGGGAAAGCCAAUGGUUUAUGCCUUUCUGGCUGACGAUAAUAAUCUUGUCGGGACGUUAGCAGAUGUUCUUUUCAAUACAUGCAAGGACUUGGAUGGAUUGAUCAUUGACUUCAGCAACAACUUCAUUUCUGGCGCAAUUCCAACAGAAAUUGGGUCCAUGUGCAAAUCUCUUGUAGUGUUUGAUGUUGCUGAGAACCAAAUUACAGGUGUGAUUCCUCAGAGUAUUGGGUUAUUGAACAGUCUUGUUGGAUUGGACUUGAGCAGGAACCAUAUUCAGGGCAAUAUGCCAGCGAGUUUGGAGAAUUUGAAACAUUUGGAGGAUCUGUCCUUGGCCAAUAACAACCUCAGUGGUUUCAUCCCUGCUGGCUUGGGUCAGUUGCAUGCUCUCAAGGUGCUGGAUCUUUCUUCCAACUCUCUCUCAGGAGAGAUUCCUAGUGGUCUUGCCAAUUUUAAGAGUCUCACUGUCCUUCUUCUUGAUAAUAAUAAACUUUCUGGAAAUAUUCCUUCUGGUUUUGCUAACAUAACAUCGCUCUCGGUGUUUAAUGUGUCAUUCAAUAAUUUGUCGGGGCCAUUACCUUUAAAUGCUAGCACCAUUCAAUGUGAUAGUGUUCUUGGAAACCCUUUGCUCCAGUCUUGUCAUGUAUCUUCUCUCUCUGUUCCGCCAUCUGACAAUCAGGGGCAUUCUGGGGAUUCACAAGCAUCUAAUGAUUCACCACCUGGAAGCCCACCAAGUGAUAGUAGCAAUAGAGGGUUCAAUUCUAUUGAGAUUGCUUCAAUAGCGUCAGCAGCAGCCAUUGUUUCAGUCCUUUUAGCGCUGAUUGCCCUCUACAUAUACACCAGAAAAUGUGCACCAAGAUUUGCAGGUCAGUCUUCGAGAAGAAGAGAAGUCGUGAUUUUCACAGAAAUCGGGGUUCCUAUAACUUAUGAGAGUGUUGUGCGAGCCACUGGGAAUUUUAAUACAAGCAACUGCAUUGGAAGUGGAGGUUUUGGAGCCACGUACAAGGCUGAGAUUUCACCUGGAGUUGUGGUGGCUAUUAAAAGACUCUCAGUAGGGAAGCUCCAAGGUAUUCAGCAGUUCCAUGCAGAGAUCAAAACCCUUGGGAGGUGGCGCCACCCAAAUCUUGUUACUUUGAUAGGCUAUCAUGUCAGUGAGGCAGAGAUGUUUCUCAUAUAUAAUUAUUUGCCUGGAGGAAAUCUUGAGAGAUUUAUACAGGAGAGGGCUAAGAGACCUGUUGAUUGGAGGAUGCUUCAUAAAAUUGCUUUAGACAUUGCAUGUGCACUUGCUUACCUGCAUGACCAUUGCAUACCUCGUAUCCUACAUCGGGAUGUUAAGCCAAGCAACAUUUUAUUGGACAAUGAUUAUAAUGGUUAUCUCUCGGAUUUUGGUUUGGCAAGGCUUCUUGGGAAUUCUGAAACCCAUGCAACUACUGGUGUUGCUGGGACAUUUGGAUAUGUUGCCCCAGAGUAUGCUAUGACUUGUCGUGUUUCUGAUAAGGCUGACGUAUACAGCUAUGGUGUAGUGCUGAUGGAGUUGAUUUCAGAUAAGAAAGCCUUGGAUCCCUCAUUCUCUCCUUAUGGAAAUGGUUUCAAUAUUGUUGCAUGGGCAUGCAUGCUGCUUCGCCAGGGCCGGGCUCGUGAGUUUUUCACUGAGGGGCUGUGGGAUGUAGCUCCACAUGAUGAUUUGGUAGAAACGUUGCACUUAGCUGUCAUGUGUACUGUUGAUACACUUUCAACCAGGCCCUCAAUGAAGCAAGUUGUACUACGGCUAAAGCAGCUUCAACCCCCAAACUGCUAGCAUCAAUAUCACAAGAAUUAUUAACCCAUUCAUCCUUGGAAAGGGUAAAAUGAGUUGUAAUUUGUAUUUUAUUUAGUCAAUUUUUCUGAUCACCCCUUAGACUUGAUUCUUAGUUGUAGUCAUUGUCUUUAUAUUAUAGAACAUCUUCUUUUACCCCAUGUCUCUCUCUGGGGUGGCUUACUUACUGAUGUAUCUGCAAAGGAAAGAAAAUGCAGAUGUAUCUUAACCAGAUCAGCUUAAAAAUAUGUCUUUACAUGUAUUUAUGUAAAUUUUAUUCCAUUUAGACUUGUAUUUGUCAUUUGAACUUCUGAGUAGUUUUCGAAGAUUAUGAUUGAUUCCUUUUGUAGAA